AUGGUCAAAAUAUUAUACGCAGUAACGUCGUUGUUACUGCUUAACCCUACCCUGUGCCUCUGCGAUAGCCAGAAUUAUCAGGCGGUAGAAAAGAUAAGGGCCGAUUUCAGACUCCCUGGUUUCGCUGCCGGUCUAUUCAAGAAUGGCCAUUUACAGUACGAAGUUACCGGUCGACGCAAAAGCACAGAACCCAUUCCAAUCAAACGUAACGACAAGUUCCACCUGGGGUCGAAUACGAAAGCAAUGACUGGAACACUUAUCGGAAUGAUGGUGGACAGAGGGUUGAUUAGUUGGACCAGCACGCUUCAAGAAGUGCUGCCCGACUUUGCCCAUAUAAUGCAUGACGAUCAUCGGAAUACCACCAUUGCCAUGCUUGGGGCGCACCGAUCAGGCAUUUUUGACGAUUAUUCAAAGGAUGUCGACUUCUACCUUGGCCUUUAUAACCUUGACCCUGUCGAAGGUCGGAAAGCAAUGAUAAAUCAUACGCUCAGCAAGGAACCAGGGACUACCAGGGGUCAAUACGCAUACGAUAACACCAACUAUGUGAUUCUCGGCCGGAUCAUCGAAAAUUUCUUGGGAGUUAAAAAUGGCGCUUCCUGGGAACAGAUCAUCACAUCUGAACUUUUCAACCCUCUCGGGAUGAAGUGUGGGUUUGGUACACCCCCUCAAUCUUCAGAGACGUCCAUUGACAACCCCUGGGGUCAUUUUUUCUAUAACUCUUCAUCAAACCCCGAACCCUUGGGCGGACCUCUGGUUAGGCGAGAUAAUCCACCUGCCAUUGGCCCCGCAGGCACUGUUCACUGUGAUAUAAAAUCCUACAUGAGCUUCCCUAAAUUGCACAUCGAUGGAUUCAACGGUCGGCGCACAAAGCUUGGGAUAAGUAAGAAAACCUUUAAGAUGCUGCAUACACCAUAUCCAUCGACCGAUGGGGUGCAGUAUACACCUGGAGGCUGGAUCUAUGCCAAUGGUUCCACAACUCCGUGGACUAAUGGGCCAACUUUGGGCCAUGAGGGAUCCAACAGAUCAAACUACGCUUUGGUAUUUCUUGUUCCCAAGCGCGGACCGACUGGGGAGAUAAUCACUGGGUUUGCGAAUACUGGGAAUUACAUCCUCGAGGAAGGUACAGCACCAGCAGCAGAGGCGAUGUAUACGGCUGUCCUGGAUAUUAUGGAAGGACGUCUGUUCAAGUGA